UCUCAAGCUUGCAUUCUAUUGCCCCCACUUUCCUCUAACCACAAAGCUUCUUGAUUAAGAGAGAGAGAGAGAGAGAGAGAGAGGAGAAAUAUCAGAAGCAUUGCCAGCACAAGCGCAGCAACAAAAACUUCUCCAUCAAUGUCACCAGCACCAUCUUUGUGGAACUCUCCUGUGCCGUACCUCUUCGGAGGUCUGGCGGCGAUGCUGGGUCUGAUAGCAUUAGCUUUAUUGAUCUUGGCUUGCUCUUACUGGAGGCUCGCCGGGCAACUGGAUGAGAGAGAAAGGCGCAGCGAGACGGACUUGGAGAGCGGCGGCGAAGGAAAAGAUGCGAGUGAUUCCGAGAGUAAGGUGCCAAAGGUUUACGAGGAAAAGAUCUUGGUGAUCAUGGCUGGGGAUGAGAAGCCCACGUUCUUGGCCACCCCUGUGUGCGCUAAAGCAGCGACUUGUGGGGAUGGGAAUGUCGAGAAGGGUGAUCAGAAGAAGAAGGGAGACAAAGCAGAUAACUUUGAGACAACGAUAAAGGAAGUGGAUGAUCAAGAUGAAGAUACCAGGACAGAAGAAAAUAAAGUGAUCUCCAACUCCCAGGAGACCCCAGAAGCCCAAGGUCACAACCAGUGAGCUGCUUGGUUUCUUGUUGGCGUCCUCUCAGUGAUUUAUUGAGUAUUUUGGUCCAUUUUCAAUUUAUUUUCCUCUUCUUUCUGGGGUUUUGGAUUUUGUUUCCAGGCAUGUAAAAAUUUUGCUGAGAUGAAAUAGAAGAUGACAUGGUUUCCAUCUUUUCUUA